AUGAGCUAUCGCGCGGAGCCGGAGGCGCUGGCCGCCUCCUACCGCCACCUCUCCGCGGGGUCCCCGCGGCGGCGCGCGGAGGCGGCGGAGGCGGCCUGGGAGCUGCGCCCGUCCGGGCCCAGCGAGCGGCAGCAGCUGCAGGGCCUCAACGAGCGCUUCGCCGGCUACAUCGAGCGGGUGCGGGCGCUGGAGCAGCGCAACGCGGCGCUGGCGGCGGAGCUGAGCGCGCUGCGGCUGCGCGCCCGCGACGCCGCCCUCGAGAGCCUGCGCGGAGCCCGCGACUCCCUGGAGCGGCAGCUGCGCGACUCGGCCGAGCGGCACAGCGCGGAGGCGGCCGGCUUGCAGGACACCAUCGGGCAGCUGGAGGACGACCUCCGAAACACCAAGAAUGAGAUGGCCCGGCACUUGAGGGAGUAYCAGGACCUGCUUAACGUGAAGAUGGCCCUCGACAUCGAGAUAGCCGCCUACAGGAAGCURCUGGAGGGGGAGGAGACGUACUUCAGCGAUGGAAGCAUCAGCCUUGGAGCCUCCAACCCAUUCCCUAACUCCACUUACUCUUUCCAGCCAAAGGGCUUUAGCUCCUCCAUGACCACUGGCACAAAAGCAUUCCCUCUGUCUAUCAGGAAAGAGGAGGAAGAGGAAGUCAUUAAAGUGGCCUCCCGAAUAUCAUCCAGCCGGGCUGAAGUGAUAGAGGAGACCAUAACCUCCACCAAAAAGAUGGAGAGAGCCAACCUGCGCCAAGGGAGCCUAACAGCUGUAAACAUGUAACCAGGGCUCUCCUGGCCCUUUUGCAUUCGAGGGGGAUCAG